AUGGAGCGAGCCACGAGGGCUGACAGCUGCGCGACGAACCGAUUAGAUUCGAUGGCAUGCUUUGUGUCGUUGCGCGGAGUGCAGCCUGCCGCAGAAGUACGUCCGCAUUGUCGACGCACACGACUCGGUGCUGGCCAGCCAGCAACGCCAUGGCCCAGGUGGAAGGAACCCUUCGGAGACCGGAGCCCAGCAGGCCGCCGCCGCUUUUGCACGCUGGAUGAUGUGCGUGUGACAGGGGACGGGCCCCUCAAGGCCAGCUGCCAGGCGGCCGGAAGCAAAGCCGCGGUUCACAGUCCAAGCAGGCCGUCGCCGGCAUUUGAGCAGCUUCUCUGUUUCGAUGCGGCGAUCUCCUCUUGCAGCCGUUGUAACCAGUGGCAGCAUGCACUUAAGUUGGUCGAGGACAUGCGGGAGGAUGGACUGGCACCUGAUGCAGGAAUCUGGAGCAAGCUGCUAGAUGCCAUGGUGAUAUCGGGCGAGAUGGCAGCAGCUGUGGCAUUGUACAGAGAGAAUGCCGUGCUUGGUUUGGCUGCUGAGCCGAAGGGCCUAAGCUUGCGUGGCAAGACCGUCGAGCUCGCAAAGCUCGCCGUUCGCGUGGCUUUGUUGGACGUGGCGCUGAGCCCGAACGCCCAGAAAGAUGCGAAGAGCAGACGCGACGUGGCGCUGGGUUUGAGAAGCGAUGGGAGCUUGUCCCUGAUUGUAGGUCUUGGGCGCCAGUCCAAAGGUGAGGCGCUCCUUGGCCCGGCUUUGUGGCAAAUGCUAAGUCAAGAGCUCGCAGUACAGAGCUAUGUCGACCCCCAGAACGAGGGAUGCUUACUUAUACCCAGUCAUGAGCUCAAGUCUUUUGCCAGAGGAGUCGCGAGAGUAUCACAAGAAUCAAAAGGAUGCAUCCGGUAA